CAGGGAGACUGGAUGCUUCUCACCUCGUGCUGACAGAACACCUAUACACUGUAUAAUACAGCAUUUUAAAGAAGACGCUCUUUUAAAUUAAAGAUGUUCUCCGUCAAGACGACGUGUUUUUCCGCAUUGCAAAAAUUGCGUCUGCACACCUCUGCUCGUACUUUAAAGCAGAAGCCGCAGAAGCUGAGAGGGAAAAGCGCCUCGGAGCAGCAAUGGAUACUGCGCCAGUUCAGCGACCCGUUCGUGAAGGCAGCCCACACGCACAACUACCGCUGCAGGAGCGCUUUCAAACUGCUGGAGAUAGACGAUAGGUACGGCCUCCUGCGGCCCGGCCUCACCGUGCUCGACUGCGGCGCCGCUCCCGGAGCGUGGAGCCAGGUGGCUGUUCAGAGGAUCAACUCGGCGGGAAUGGAUCCUGAUUCUCCCAUCGGCUUCCUAAUUGGUGUGGACCUUCUCCACAUCCCUCCUCUGGAUGGAGCCCACUUUCUAUCCAACAGUGAUCUCACUGACCCAGCCACGCAGACACAUGUCCGGGCCCUCCUUCCUGCCGCUGGAGUUGAUGUUGUCUUGAGUGACAUGGCUCCCAAUGCUAGCGGCUUCAGGGAACUGGAUCAUGAGAGAGGGAUCUUGAUUUGCUUAUCAAUGGUGGACUUUGCUGAGAAGAUUUUGCGACCCGGAGGCUCCCUGGUCUGUAAGUUCUGGGAUGGAAGUUUGGCCAGCCAGCUUCAGCACAGACUAACGUGUAUUUUUGAUGAAGUCAAAACUGUAAAGCCCAAAGCUAGCAGGAAGAAGUCAUCGGAACAGUUUUUUCUUGCCAGGUUUUUCACAAAGCAAUGAAGAUUAAACAUUUAAUGUCAAUAAAUAAGGGGGGCGUAGUGGCGCAGCAGGUUUGGCUGGGUCCCGCUGUGUGGUGGGUCUG